GGACGAUAUUGCAUGCUCUAUAGCAACUAUUUGCGCAAACGACUGUACAGAUGACCGUUCAGCAAUCGCCUCCGUGUAUUGUUCCUAAACCCCUCUAUAUUCCAGGUACUUUCUGUAAACGGCGAAAGGUAUAAAAUGCUCAACAGCUAAUGUUAUCUCGCCCCCUUUCAUACAACCUCCUACGUUUUCCUCUUGCUACUACCUCUGUACUAUGCCGAUCCUGCCUAACCCUCCAGGAUUCCAGCGCAUCGACAUACCGUGGAGCCACAGACCAGCCGAAUAUGUUCGCGAGCCUGGAGUACCCCGGGGUUGGUACCAAGACGGUCGAAAACUCCACCAUGUGAAAGCAUCGAAGGCCUUCAUCUGGCCAAAGGACGGAAAGAACGGCUCUACCUGGGGGCGCAUGAAAGACAUAUUGAAGAACAGGGGCCCCGAUAUCCAUGUCGCUUUCGCUGCCAAUAAAGCAGACUGUGUGUCCAACCGUCCGCCGCGAGCCCAAUGGUCACGGCAUACGAAUCUAGAUGACCGCGAUCUAAGGUUCGGAUUCAACUCGCAGAAGUUUGCUCCUUGGACCAAUAGCCGCGGGCUCGGUGGACGAAUGCCUGGCAUGAGCUACGACUUCCGAACUCGGAAAUAUGGCCCGCCGUACUCGCGUAUGUGGACCGACGCCGUUUGGCAGCAGGAGCCGUAUAAGAACCGAAAGUGGAAUACCUAUCCCGAAGCUGUACGAAUGUGGGAUGGGAGUUGGUUGCAAGACAGGCAGUACAUGCCACAAUCUCUGAAUGGCCCUACCCAUAACGAGUAUGGCCGCGGAAUAGACGGGUUUCACCUUCCCUAUGGGCCUUUGAUAUGA